AUGGCAAGACCACAAGAUACGGCUUCGACCCCAUUCUAUGGCCUUCCUAAGGUUUACAAGGACGGCGCUCCUCUCCGACCCAUCGUGCCGCUCAAAGGUACUCCAACGUACGGACUGGGUAAGUGGCUGUUCGGGCGUCUCAAGUUCCUGACCGCUGAGUCAGACGCCACGGUCUCUUCGUCAGCACAAUUCCUGAAGAAACUCAAAGGAGUAAGCCUCCAUCCCACUGAGGCCAUGGUAUCUUUGGAUCUUACGUCCCCUUUUUACUUCUAUUCCCCAGGACCAGGCGAUCGAGACAAUCGAGCUGCGCCUACAAAGCAAAUACGAUGAAACGGAGAAUCGUCUGGGACACGCCCAAGUCCUUCAGCUCCUGAAGUUCUGUCUCAGGACGUACUUCACGUUCGACGGACAAUCUACGAACAGGUGA